AUGAUGAUCCAAGCAGAAGCAUCUCAACAAUCAUCGACUAUCACUACUACCACAACGACAACGACGACAACAACAACAACGACAACAUCGCUCGCUGAACAAGCCAUCACAUCCUCGCCCAGUCGCUCACCAUCAAAUCCACCAGAAAUCACUUGCCAUACCAUGACAGCUGCCGCCGAUUCUUGGUCAGUCUUUUUAAAGAACGCGAACCAACUGUCGACAACAACAACAACAACUCCCUUUGAAGUGAAUACCACCUCCACACCGAGAACCUCCUUCGCGGGGUUGUCUCCGCUUCCUUCCAAAAAGCUCUCCUUAAGGGCGACCAAUGCGAACGAGUUUUAUCGACCCUAUCCUGAUGUAGUUGCUCCCAAGCGAAUGAAAACACAUAAUAUUACGAUACCACUCGGAUCCCUUACUUCACAGAUGCGACAUCCUUCGACGACCAUAAAUAAGAGAAAUCCCUGCCGAGUCUUGGUGUUUGAAGAAGACGAGAAUCCUGGAGGACAAGUAUGUGAUCAAGGACAGCAUCCAUGA